AUGAAGGUGUUGUUUAAAAUUUUAACACUUUGCAUCGCAAUUUCAACUCAAUUUAAAUCAGAGUCAUCUUCGGAAAGGCAGAAUUACUUCAAGAAAAUAAAAGAGCGUGGUAAGAAUUUAUGUUAUUUCAAGGCAAGGAGUGACAAAAACAUUGGCCUCCUUGGCACUAACAGUGCAUCAAUGUAUAUAAUAAUUACAGGGGUCAUGCAGGUGCCCAAAUCUAAAUGUUCGGAUCUACUUAAGCCUAUAUAAAGCAACGGACAAUACCUGUCUCAGCCACCUAUAUAAACAUACAAUAAAUAUAUAGGAAACAACAUAAUCAUGGCUGCAACAUAAUAUAAAGUGUUUAGUAGUCGAUGUUGACAGCUUUAAUAUCGAAGAAUAAAAUGAUAAUGCAAAGCAAAAAACAGAAAGCGAUUGAAGACCGUCUGACCGUGUGGCUCGGUUGGUAGAGCAUCGAUCUAGUAACUCGAGGGUCGCGGGUUCGGGACCGGGCCGCGACGGGCGAGGUUUUCUGCUUGCGCGCUGUCUGGAAUUUAUGAUAUAAUACCGAGUAGUAAAAAAAUAAUAUAACACUUGCAGAACUAAUAUUGUUCGAUGCUGAAUUAUGACAUUUAGUAGCUAUAUAUAGUUCAUAAUUUCCAGUCUUAUAAUAAUGAAAGACAACAAAACUAUAGAAUCGUCUUUCUAAAGAACGAGUCACGAACAAUGAUCAUUUUUGUUUCUGAAAGCCAAUCACAAAACAUGAUAUAAUUAUAGGUAUAGAUCUUUACCCCAUCUUUAACAACUGGCCUGCAACAAUGCUAAAUAUGUAUGCUUUUUAUAAGAAGUUGAUCUACGUAUAUAUUAUUUCCAUGAUUCAGUCAUGGAAAUUAAUUCGUAGACAAAACAAUAAUUUUCCAAAUGUUUCCCCCUCCCCCCCUUUACAAAUGUCAAUAGGGAGCUUUAGAUUUGACUACGACUACGAGAUUUAAUCGCGUGCGAGGAAAUUACCGUAGUCGUUUUCGUUUCCAUUUAAAUGUUGCUUUUGUAGCAGUAAACCAACAACGAGAGAAAAAAAAGUUUCAUAAACUAAAUCUCCUGCAGACUAAAAUCCCCUAGAAAACGUGAAAAUAAGCCAUAACAUUAAAAACAGGCCAGAUAUUUAGUACUAAUAUAUUAUUUGCGCCGGAUAAACGCUAUAUAAAUGCUACAAAUUAUUUUUGGUAAACAAAAAAAAAGAACUUUCUUUUUUUUUUUGAAAAGUCGUUGUAAGGACUACGAGAUUUCUCCACAAUUUCGUACUCAGAUGGGCGACGGCUACGACUUUUUCGCGUCAGUACGGGAUGGCCUAAGCAUACAGCAUGCGUUUCGCUUGACGAAUCUCGUACUCGUAGUCGUACUGGUAGUCAAAUCUAAAGCUCCCUAAUGUGUGCAUAAGUUCACUGUCAAAGGUAUAUGUUAUAAUGAACAAUGUGUUUGGGGAGUUGGCCGUGGAUAUAAACAUCUUUAACAACUGGCUUCCAACAAUGUUAGGCCUAAAUAUGUAUGCUUUUUAUAAGAACAUAUAUUAUUAUUAUUAUUAUUAUUAUUAUUAUUAUAACGUAUAUUAUUUCCAUGAUUGUUGAUAGAGCACAAAUAAUCGUUUCAUAUAGUCGUAUAUAUAUAUAUAUAUAUAUAUAUAUAUAUAUAUAUAUAUAUAUAUAUAUAUAUAUAUAUAUAUAUAUAUAUAUAUAUAUAUAUAUAUAUAUAAUAUAGUCAUUCAUCGUACAUGAGCUGUUCUACAAUCUGAUUGGUUGAAUUACUCGCUGUAUAUCAGCUCAUAUUCGGCGAGUAGCGAAAAACAAGAUGGCGGUCCAAAAACUACAUGCAGUUUUGCGAAGCAGAAAAAAGGAAAAUAUUCGCUUUGAGAAAGAUAAUAGUACAAGGAAAAACUCUCAAAAAAAUUUGACAGGCAAAAUACAUUUAUUUCAUAGAAAUUAGUUUAAAUACAAGUUUUUUUAAAGAAUUAAUACCGAAACAACAGGGAAAAAACAUGUAAUCAGUUAUUUUGAAACUUUAGGCGACUCAUUGGCACCUGAAGAAAUUAUAUCCAGCCAUAGUGUCUACACUAAAGUCGAAUGUUCCUUCAAAUGUAAUGAAGAAGAAACAUGUGGUGGUUACAACUACAGAACGAAAUCAAAGAAACAUGAAAUAAAUUGUCAAAUCAGCAAGAAAUCUAAAGCAAGUGAAAGUGGCAGAAACGGAGAAUGGACGUUUUAUCAAGAUUCUCAAACUGUCCCUCCGGUGAGUAUUAAAAUACCAUAAAAUACUUGUCGCAUCAGUACGUUUUUCUUCGUUAUCAUACACAAGUGGUAACCGCGAGUGAACUGUGCUUGGUAUCUGCAACAAAAAUAGUCGAUAGUAUAUAAAAGAUAUUCCAAAUCAAUAUACCACUCAUGUUAAAAGAGCUAUGGAAGCGCGACCUGGGUUAUAUAUAAUUAUAAUUAUUUUGAGAUUGUAACAGUUUAUUUAAUACGAUCUCGAGCUAUUCAUGCAUUUUUAGGCGAAACUUGGUAGUCUUCGACUGGUUUCAAAAACUGGUAUGCAGUGGAAGGUAUUAUAUAUUAAGUAAAAGUUUGCGAUCAGAGAAACUCUUAAAGUUACUGUUUCGAUUAUGGUGCGUAAUGACCGAUUUGAUAUACGUCAAUAUACGUGGCUUUUAUUCCUUUUAAUUUCUUCCAAUAAAACCUAAUCCGCCGUCUAUAGUCGUAGUCAUAAACACGUUCCACUUAAACGUGAAAUUGUCUAAAACUUUCUUUUGUUUCAGUUUCUCUCUGCAUCCAAAUUAGCUUAUGGUUGUAGAAGUAUAGAAAUUGUGACCCGUUUCAUUGAAUCGAUUCGAUAUCAGGCCUAUUAGUUCUGUUCACUUAAAGGCGGUUUUCCACUAGGCGAAAUUUUUCGAUCGAACCGAAAUUUCAUUGUUCAAAUUCAAAAGAUUUCUGUUUAGUUCCAUCUGAGUGCUUGUAAAGGCGGUUUUCCACUAGGCGAAAUUUUUCGACCAAAUCGAAAUUUCUAUUGUUCAAAUUCAAAAGAUUUCUGUUUAGUUCCAUCUGAGUGCUUGUAAGACAAAAGAAAAUUUCGAUUCGGUUGAAAAAUUUCGCCUGGUGGAAAACCGCCUUUUUUUUCGACCGAAUCGAAAUUUUCUUUUGUCUUAAGGCGGUUUUCCACCAGGCGAAACUUUUCCACAGAAUCGAAAUUUUCUUUUGUCUUACAAGCACUCAGAUGGAACUAAACAGAAAUCUUUUGAAUUUGAACAAUAGAAAUUUCGGUUUGGUCGAAAAAUUUCGCCUAGUGGAAACCUUCUUCUAUACUUAGUAUUCUUUAUAUAAAACCUUCUCCUACUUAGUAUUCUUUAUAAUUAUAAAGAAUACUAAUGAAGUCGCGUUUGAAGCCGUUUAAUAAACACAUAUGCAGUACGUGCUUUAUUAGGUCUAAAACCACUCGCACUAUAUGCGCUCGUGUUUUUAAACCUAACAAAACACUUUUGCUCGUUUAUUAAAUAGUAUACAUUGUUUCUAGUUCGACUCGUUUUGGACAUGACAUUAUGUUUAUAUAUAUGCAGUAUGUAGGUCGAUUAUAUUAUAUACAUUCAAAACUCAUUAUAUAAUAGUGUUUUUUUAUUAACAAAUAUUACUCUUUUUUCUACCCUGAACAAUCCAAGAAAUACUGGACUUUAAUUGCACGCUUCUCCAACAGCGACUCUAAACAUUGGAUUACAGAUAGUGCCUUUUGGUAUGACAGAGUCACUCCAUAUGGGGACGCCAGCAACGCAUCAGACAAUAUGGAUAUGAUUUCUGCAGCUUUCUGGAAAACGAAAGGACAUGAAAUCAAGAUUACUAGAAGUGACGAUUCGAGUCACACAGCAUUAUUACAGACCACUUCAAAUUGUCUUCAAGGUACGUAGAUAAAAAGUGAAAAACUGAUAAUACAAAGCGAAAAACAGAAAGCCACCUGCCGCUAUUCAAAGAUAAUUUUUUUGUUGUGUUUGUUAAGUUCUAUUAUUUGCUAAGUCUAUUUUUUAUUAAGUGUUGCAUUAAGCCUGGGGCAAUGAUUACUUUUAGAAAAUAUUCUGACUCUGAUAAAGGUACAAGUAUGUGAUAAACAGCUUAUCAUAAUCGGGCGAGGCGAUAUCAGUUUUAUUGCGUUCAGCACGAUAUCAUAAAAUGUAAUCAGCAAGACUAGAUGCAUAAGUGUGCCAAGCCUACAUAUAUAGUUUGCCAUACAAAACAAAUUUGCCGUAAAUAAAUGUUUUACAAAGUAACUCAAGCUAAGUUUGUCUUUUAUUUGCUCUACUUUCGUACACUCUAUAUUCGUACAAUUCGGCACUCAAUACACUUAUUGACAUUCGACAACUUCACUUUGUAGCUCAGUGGUCAGAGCGUGCAGCCUUGUAGCUCAGUGGUCAAAGUUCUGCCUAAAGUUCCAUUAUUUCCAGAUGCUUCUGAUUAGGUUUCAAAUUGUAUAUAUAUAUACAGUAUAUAUUAUAAAAAAUCCCAUUUACAGUUAUACCGAACGAGUUGCCCUAAAUCGUGCUAUUUACCAAUAUACUAAAUUCUGGCGUCGGCUUAUGAGCAUUAAUGAGUGGCAUUGUGUUUUCAAAGGUGGGACAUUCAGAUCAAAAAUUGCGAGUUACGGAAACUUUCGUAAUGGUGCAGUCUGGGCAAGCGAUCAGUGUCUUGGAAGUUGUCCAGUAACUUACGGCGGUCAGUAUGAAACUACAGCAGGUUUCAAACAACACAAUUGCAGCAGUAAUUUACAGAAUAGUAGCUACAUUGGAUUUUGGUGUGAUUGGAAUAAUGGUGAUGGUGCAGUGAUGAUGAUUGGUGGAGGAGGACGUGGUUGUGUGAGGGCAGACCAUGGUAUUGGAAUAACCGAGAAAAAUGCAGCAAAGUUUGGUUCUGGAGAGAAUUAUGAUUUUGGUAAUCAGGCAAAAGGCAAGCAACAUUCUUCACCGUAUUCGCUUAAUUUGUGGGUUUGUUAGAAUUAUUUUUUGUAAAUU